GAAUUGUUUACAUGUCCCAAGAGAAAACGGGAGAGACAAGAGUUUUUUGUCUUCUAUGUCCAGAUCUAGGGUUUCUCAUCGCAUAAAACUAACUACACAAUCUUCAGUACACAACACAUGGAACUAGAUUCCUAAUCAAACAUGGAUUUGGAAAAGAUGGAGGGAAGUUCUGGCCACACCAAGUGCUCGAAGACGAGCCCUUCUAACCAAAAUCAAGAAGGGAGCGAUAGCGGGGAAAAUGAUGAUGAUGAAAGUAGCAGGCCUAAAAAUGGAGGAAGUUCAAGCAAUAGCACAGUUGAAGAGAAUAGUGAGAAGAAGUCAUCAUCAUCUGUAAGGCCUUAUGUUAGAUCCAAGAUGCCGAGAUUGCGGUGGACGCCUGAUCUUCAUCUUCGCUUUGUUCAUGCUGUGGAAAGACUUGGUGGACAAGAUAGAGCGACACCUAAGUUGGUCCUCCAAUUGAUGAACAUUAAAGGACUUAGUAUUGCUCAUGUGAAGAGCCAUCUACAGAUGUAUAGGAGCAAGAAGAUUGAUGACACAGGCCAAGAUUUUUCAGUUAUAGGUGAUCAUAGGCAUCUUGUGGAAAGCAGUGGAGAUCGAAAUAUUUACAACUUAAGCCAAAUUCCUAUGCUGCAAGGAUAUAACCAAACUCAUGUCUCCAGGUAUGGAGAUGCUUCUUGGAGUGCUAGUCGCGAAUAUUUUAUGCAUAGUUCUCGAAUAGGCCAGAGUUUGAUCCCGGAAACUAGACCUGGCAUAUUACAUGGAGAUAGGAGCUUCGGCAGCAACAAUGUCAAUCGGACUAACCACACAUUCUGCACAAAUGCACAACCGAUUACUUGGACAACACAAGACAUGAAGGAUGAUUUGAGAUCAAGAAAUCACAGCGAUCGAUACAGAAGGAUUGAGCCAGAAUCAAGUUCAAGUCUAAUUGAAUCACAGCCAAGCAUGAAGUUUAGCUCAAGAAAUUUCAAAGCAACAACUAGUAAUUAUCUACAGGAGUGGAAGACUUUGAAAAGGAAGGCGAUUGAUCGCGACCUCAAUUUGGAUUUGUCGUUGAGGCCAACAACGUCAAGUGGUAAUGCUGAGGCCGAAAGAAAGGCAGGAUUAGCGAAGGAAGGUGAAGUAGACAGCACUGAAUUGUCUCUGUCUUUAUUCUCAUCUUCUUCGUCCAAGAAGUUUAGCAGAGUCAAUAAGGGAGGAGGGGAUGAGGAAGCAAAAAGGGUAAGUACUCUGGAUCUGACUAUAUGAAUGAGACAAUUCUAAGUGAGAUCUUGAGGUACUUGCUCCAAAUUAGUAUUUAAGAAUAUGCAUGCAAUUGCACUUGAUCAUAUAUAUAUAUGUUGUCUUAUACAAAUUAA